CCACACUUGAAACAGACCGGUUCGAGAUUUCGAUUUUACCCUGGAAACAUGCUUUCAGCUCAGUUUGGCCAACCUCCUUGAUGGUCUAGGAUCGAACCCUUUUUGAGUUUCAUAGCGAUAGGAGUUGAUUCGCACCGCCCAAAACCCCUCCCCAUAGGCCCCCCCCCCGUCCCCCCACCAUGCGACACCUCCGCCGCCCCUCCAAGGCCGCCGUGGCCUCCCUCCACACCUCCCGCUACAGGGCCCCGAGGCCGGCGCCGCCGCCGCAGCCCCCGCCGGACCCCCCGAAGCCGCCGAGGCCGCCGCGGAAGCCGGAGGCCUUCGCCCUCCACGGCGCGGCGUGGGAGGACCCGUACAGCUGGAUGUCGAAGCUGAACGACAAGGUGGCGAUGCGGCACAUGGACGUGCACAUGGAGCAGGAGGAGAAGUACGCCGAGGCCUUCAUGUCCGACACCGACAAGCUCCAGAGCAAGCUCCAGUCCGAGAUGGCCUCCCGCCUCUCCUUCGAACUCUCCACGCCUCCUCUCCGCUGGGGCCCUUGGCUAUACUAUAGGCGAGUUGAAGAAGGGAAGCAGUAUCCGGUGCUCUGUAGACGAUUAGUGAGCUUAAAUGAAGAGUUCAUCUCUCAUAAAUCUCCUUCAGCUGGGUUUGAUUUCACCUCAGGGAAGAGAAUUGAGCAGAAGCUUGUUGACUACAAUCAAGAAGCUGAGAGAUUUGGAGCCAAAGAAGAGGAAGUAUUUCCCAACAUCUCCCUUCCUCAUGUGGUUGUACAUUUUUGCGUCCCUAUUUUUUCAGGUUAUGCUUAUGAAGAAUUAUCGGAGGUAUCGCCGAGCCAUCAAUUUUUGGCAUACACCAUGUAUGACAAGGACAAUGACUUCUUUAAGUUAUCUGUGAGGAAUUUAAAUUCGGGCUCGUUAUGUAGUAAGCCUCAAGCUGAAAGAGUGUCGGGUCUGGCAUGGGCAAAGGAUGGGAAGGCAUUGCUCUAUGUUGUCACAGAUCAAAACAAGCGGCCUUGUAGGCUAUACUGUAGCAUGAUUGGAUCAACUGAAGAAGAUGUUCUGCUCCUGCAAGAACUGGAUGAUAAUGUUCAAAUUAACAUAAGGCAUACAAAGGAUUUCCAGUUUGUGACUGUUAAUACCUUCUCGGUUGCAUCUUCAAAGGUGUUUCUGAUAAAUGCAGCAGAUCCACUUUCAGGCAUGACGCUUGUUUGGGAGAGUGAAGGUCUAUGCCAUUGCAUAGUUGAACACCAUCAGGCCUACCUUUUUCUAUUCACAGAUGCUACCAAAGAUGGUAAACCUGUAGAGAAUCAUUAUCUUCUUCGAUGUCCUGUAAAUCCUUUUUAUGGUCCAGCAACUUGGGAGAAUGUAUUUGUUGAUGAUGAAGACUCGAUCAUUGAGGAUGUUGACUUCAGUGAUAAGUACUUGGUUCUUAUACUAAGAAAAGACGGAAAUUACAGAAUUUGUUCAGUUGCCCUACCUCUUGGGAAGGGUCAGAUUCAUCUUAAGGAGGCUAACCCUUGUUUCUUACCUCUUCCAAAAUUUGUCUCCCAAAUCUCACCUGGACCAAAUUAUGACUACUAUUCCACUACGAUGCGCUUUACAAUAUCAUCACCUGUGAUGCCAGAUGCUGUGGUUGACUAUGAUUUGUCAAAUGGUAUGUGGAAUAUCAUACAGCAGCAAAAUCUGCUUCAUGAGAGGACCCGAAUUUUGUAUGGGACGGCUUCUUCUGCUAGCAUUCAUGGAAAAUCCUCUUCUAUGACUGAGGUUAAAUCGGAGGAUAAUUUAUGGAAUGAGCUUUCUGAGUUUUAUGCUUGUGAACGUCAUGGAGUCCCUUCAUGUAAUGGGAUUGUUGUUCCUCUAACUAUUGUGUAUUCACGCACAAAUAAGAAAGAAAAUUCAAAGCCUGGUUUGCUGCAUGGACACGGAGCUUAUGGUGAGCUGCUUGACAAACGUUGGCGUAGUGAACUUAAGAGUCUUCUUGAUCGUGGUUGGGUUGUUGCUUAUGCUGAUGUUAGAGGUGGUGGCGGCAGAGGUAGGUCUUGGCAUCAUGACGGAAGAAAUAGGAAAAAGCGUAAUUCAAUCGAAGAUUAUAUUUCCUGUGCCAGGUUCCUGAUUGACAAAGAGAUGGUACAUGAAAACAAACUUGCUGGUUGGGGAUAUAGUGCUGGGGGACUUUUAGUUGCUUCAGCCAUUAAUAAGUGUCCAGACUUAUUUCGUGCUGCAGUUCUGAAGGUACCCUUUUUAGAUGCGACAAACACACUUCUCUAUCCCAUUUUACCACUUACAGCUAGUGACUAUGAAGAGUUUGGUUACCCAGGGGAUAUUGAUGACUUUCGGGCCAUAAGGGAGUAUUCUCCAUAUGACAAUAUCCCAAAAGAUGCAUCUUUUCCUGGAAUUCUGGUGACCUCUUCCUUUAGUACACGAUUUGGGGUUUGGGAAGCUGCGAAGUGGGUUGCACGAGUCCGCGAAAACACUAUAUAUGAUCCUGAACGGCCCAUACUUCUCAAUCUAUCUACUGAUAUAGUAGAAGAAAACCGGUAUCUGCAUUGCAAAGAAUCAGCACUGGAGACUGCUUUUCUUAUUAAAGUAGUAGAUUCCUAGGUUUGGCUGUACAAUCACAUGUAAUGUGUUCAUGAAAAAAAAGGAGAAUACAUUUCUCUAACACAUUCAAUGAGUCUUAACCAGUGCCUUUAAAGGGCACUUUAUAACAUUCUCCAUGUGUUUGUACUAUUUUCCUCUUAGUGUUUUUUACCUAUCGACAA